CAGCAAGCAAAGAAAAGCUGUUCUCCUCCUCAGCCAACCUGACAGUUUGCUCCGCCUCUGCCUGCCUGCUUCACCACCGCCCUCGUCCCUCCCCCUCUCUCUACAAAUCUCUCUCUCUCUCUCUCCACUUCUCCCUCACCCUCCGAAUUUCCCCGAACUCCGCCCCGCGCCUUUGUCGCCUUUCCGCACGCGCCGUCCGAUUCGAUCGCUUUGAUCGACCAGGCAUGGCCGACGAGACGAAGCAAGAGGUGGCCGUGACGGAGGCCGAGAAGAAGCCGGAGGAGAAGCCCGCGCCGGCGGCCGAGGAGACGGCCGCGGAGGCGGCUGUGGAGAAGGCCGUGGAGCCGGAGGAGAAGGCCGCGGAGGCGGACUCGGAGGAGGAGAAGAAGGCGGAGGAGGCCCUGGAGGCGGCCGCGGGCGACGAGGCGGCGGUGAUCGACGGCGCCGGGUCGUUCAAGGAGGAGAGCAACCUCGUGUCCGAGCUGCCCGACCCGGAGCAAACCGCGCUCGCGCAGCUCAAGGAGCUUGUUGCCGCCGCGCUCGCCAACGGGGAGUUCGACCUGCCCCCGCCGCCGCCGGCCAAGGAGGAGCCCAAGAAGGAGGAGCCGGCCAAGGAGGAGGCGAAGGAAGAGGCGGCGCCGGCCAAGGACGAGGAGCCCAAGGCUGAGACGGCGGCAGCCGAAGAGCCCGCCAAGGAGGAGGCCAAGCCUGCGGCCGAGGCGCCCAAGGCGGACGCACCCGCCGAAGCUGCGGCCGAGGAGGUCAAGGCUGAGGCUCCCGCGCCUGAGGAGCCCAAGGCUGAGGCUGCCCCAGCGGAGGAGCCCAAGGCUGAGGCUGCCCCAGCGGAGGAGCCCAAGGCCGAGGAGCCUGCCAAGGAGGAACCCAAGGCCGAGGCGGCGUCCGAGGAGGCCAAGCCAUCCGAGCCGGAGGAGAAGACCGUCGUGGUGGCCGAGGAGGAAGGCACCAAGACGGUGGAAGCCAUCGAGGAGACUGUCGUCCCCGCCGCGUCCGAGCCAGCCGCCGCGGCCGCUGAGGCGGAGGCCGCGCCGGCGCCGGCGGCCGAGCCGAAGGAGGAGCUCAUCUGGGGCGUGCCGCUGGUGGGCGACGACGAGCGCACGGACACGGUGCUGCUCAAGUUCCUCCGCGCGCGCGAGUUCAAGGUGAAGGAGGCCAUGGCGAUGCUCAAGUCGGCGGUGCUGUGGCGCAAGCGCUUCGGCAUCGACGAGCUCCUGGGCGAUGACCUCGGCCUGCCGGAGCUGGAGAACGUGGUGUUCUACCGCGGCGCCGACCGCGAGGGCCACCCCGUCUGCUACAACGUCUACGGCGAGUUCCAGGACAAGGAGCUCUACGAGAAGGCCUUCGGCGACGAGGAGAAGCGGGAGCGCUUCCUCAAGUGGCGCAUCCAGCUCCUCGAGCGCGGCAUCCGGGAGCAGCUCGACUUCUCGCCCAGCGGCAUCUGCUCCAUGGUGCAGGUCACUGACCUCAAGAACUCGCCGCCCAUGCUCGGCAAGCACCGCGCCGUCACCCGCCAGGCCCUCGCCCUGCUCCAGGACAACUACCCCGAGUUCGUCGCCAAGAAGGUGUUCAUCAAUGUGCCGUGGUGGUACCUUGCAGCAAACAAAGUGAUGAGCCCAUUCCUGACUCAGCGCACCAAGAGCAAGAUCGUCUUCUGCAGCCCUGGCAAGUCCGCGGAGACCCUCUUCAGAUACAUUGCUCCGGAGCAAGUGCCUGUCCAAUUCGGUGGCCUCUACAAAGAGGAUGACACCGAGUUCUCCACCUCUGAUGCUGUCACCGAGCUCACCGUGAAGCCAUCAUCUAAAGAAACCAUCGAGAUUCCAGCCACCGAGAACUCCAUGGUUGUGUGGGAGCUCCGCGUGCUGGGAUGGGAGGUGAGCUACGGCGCCGAGUUCACCCCAGACGCAGAGGGUGGCUACACCGUGAUCGUGCAGAAGACGAGGAAGGUUCCCGCCCACGAGGAGCCGAUCAUGAAGGGGAGCUUCAAGGUGAACGAGCCCGGCAAGGUGGCGCUGACCGUGAACAACCCGGCGUCGAAGAAGAAGAAGCUGCUGUACCGGUUCAAGGUGAAGAGCACCGCCGAAUCCGCCUGAGGGGAUGGUGGUUGGCCAGCCCGCUUGACCCUACUACACAUAAUUUGAUCGCCAGCCCAGGUCCACAGGUCCAUACCGCCACCAUUUGAACAUGUUGCAUGAUAGGAGAGGAGGGCAAUAAGAGUUUCUGCUUCCUAGGGCCCGCCGUUUUGUGUCCCGGUUCUUUGAUUAUUUGUUGGCUUGCCGUUCUUUUUUUCUUUUUCUGGGGUCGCAUUUGUAUGUGUUUUUACUUGAAAAAACCAAAGUGAGCUUUGUUCUUGAGGUCAGGAGAGAAGUGAGGGGGUCGCUGUGGGGAGGAUGCUGAGGACUGAAGAAUAGCUGCUGCUCUGUACAUCUCUGUCUGUACAUUUUUAAUCUCUCUUCCAUCCAACAUGUUGAUUUUAGAAAGCA